AAAUAUUUUGUGACACACUGUCCUGCAGCGAUAUUAGACGAAAUUCGUUCGUCAAAGUUUAAAUGUCGUCGAUAAUUGUCUCCCCUUGAAAGUUUAUGUGUUGCCAGUGACGACGAUUAACCAGAAAAUGGGGCGACUACCAAAAGGCACGCGUACUGCACACAUACAGGCCAGCCAUGGCCCAGACACUAAUAUGAUGAAAUUUUAUGUAACACAAAAUUCUACAACAUAUGGGAAACAUUUCGCAAACUACAAGCCAAGAUCAGGUCAUCACACAGGGACUGGCUACUUGUCAAACUUUCGUCCAGGAGUAUACUACAAUAACAGAUUAGACCGACAGGAUAACCCCGCUUUAGCGAAUAUAUGUGCUCAAAAUUAUCGCAGUGUAACCAGUAUAGAUUUUCAAUCUUACAAAGAAAAUAGAGGCAAUGAGCCAUUACCAUUCAACACUCACCAGGUUGGAUCUGGAUUUGUUAGACAAAAGCCUAUAACAUUUCCUCUUGAUAGUGAGGCAAAGGGUGUGUUCAUUGAUACCAGGGCAGCCUCUGCCCCUGCCAACAUUUUACCCAAGUCUAAACCUCUACUGCACUCACUGAGAGCUAAAGAUCCUGUAGAGCUGGAGAACUGUGGAUAUGGUCCAAAAUACAUGCUUUCAGAGACCAAACAGAGAUUCCUUGGUGCUCAGCCUGACAGAAAUGGUGUAAGCUAUUACCAUGUGGAUACAUCAGGAAAGACAGUUGGACCGCAGGAAUUCUCCGGAUAUGUACACGCAUACAAUGAUGAACCUAUUACAUUCAUCCCAGGAAAUCCUCACAAAAAUGAAAGACCUGGUUGGGCAACAAUGAGGCCAACAGGUCCAAGUAUCAUGAAGACAAGUUUCCAACCAUCUUCUUAUCCAAAGGGAGAUGAACCGUUCUCUACAGUAUCACACGGUUCAGACCGAGGUUCAGGAUUUGUACGAGAGAAGUCAAAGCCUCUGUAUGUACACAGAGUGAUGGGCGAUGCGUAUGACAAGGCUGGAGAUGUACCACAACUGCGUCUUGAUAGAACACAGAAAAAUGAUCCAACAGAAUAUCUCAAUAUGCAACACCCGAACAAUUUCUCCUCCAUUAUAAUGGACACAUACAAGGGUCAACAAAGACCAUCUCAGACAGAGUGUGACCGCCUGGGUCGUACAGGCACUGGGAGUCAGGAAUUGUCUGGAUACAGUGAGAAUAAUGAUAGAUUUGUUGCCACAGACGACAACCCAAAACGUUUUGUUACUCACUAUAUGACCAGAUUCAAUGAUCGUACAGAGACCGGACUAGAUCGUGAAGGACAUUGUCGAGGUGGGUUACAGCGCCAGAAACCUGAUGGUUUUACAAAGAGCACCUCUGUUCACAAUUACGGACCUGACAUACAAUCUACAGAAAACUUAAGAAGACUUCAACCAUAUGUAGCAAGGAGUAUACAAGCCCGGGACGUGUUUUUUGAUGAUCACACAUAUGAUAGCAAGUUACACAGUUCCCAGCAACAACCUUUAGCAGCCAUGUCGUAAAGACUUAACACGCCUGUGUGUCCGUCCAUUUUAGUGUCAAUAUAUAAUAUAUAACAGUAUUUUUCAUUUUGUAAAUAGCAGAAACAUUGAUAAAAAGUAUUUUUAUUUGUGAUAAAAUUGCCUGUUUAAACUUAUUUUAUAAACAAUUUUACACAUUAUAUUUUGAACCUUGUUAUUUUUAAAUCAGUUGAAUGUGGUAAACAUGAUUUGUUAUGAACUUUUACAUUUUUGCUAUAUUCUUGUUCUUUUAUUAUUCUUUAUACAUUCAUGUUAUAUGCCAUAUUUGGCAAAAAUUAACAGAAAUAAGAAAUAAAUUCUCAUUGAUAGUUAAAAAAUUGCUAUUUUUAGCUCGACUUUUCUAUGAAAAGGGGAGCUAUCCUACUCGCCCCGGCGUCGGCGUCGGCGUCGGCGUUAGCGUUGGCGUCACACCUUGGUUAAGUUUUUCGUACCACCCCACUUUAUUUCAGAAGUAUUACAAGUAUGGCUUUGAAACUUACCAUACUUGUUCACCAUCAUAACCUCCAUCUACAGACAAGAGUACAUAACUCUGUCAAGGUUUUUGACAGAAUUAUGGCCCUUUUUUGACUUAGAAAGUGUAUUGAGCUUGGUUAGAGUUUUUUGUACCACCUCACUUUAUUUCAAAACCAUUGGAGGUAUUGCUUUGAAACUGACCAUACUUGUUUACCAUCACGACCUUCAUCAACAGACAAGAGGACAUAACUCUGUCAAGGUUUUUGACAGAAUUAUGCCCCUUUUUGACUUAGAAAAUACAUUGAAUAUGGGUAAAAUCCACUUAUUGCCUUAACCCUUUGAGAUAUUGCUUUGAAACUUUUAAUGCUAUUUCACAUCAUUACCCCCAUCUGUACGCAAGAGAAGGUAACUCUGUCAAGGAUUUGUUUUAAAAAUUAAGGCCUUUUAUCGACUUAGAAUCUUGGUUAAGUUUUUAGUACCAGUCCACUUUUUGACUGAACUGUUUGAGAUAUUAAUUUGAAAGUUGGAAUACUUGUUUACAAUCAUGAUUCCCAAACAUGUCCAGGAGAAGGUAAUUCUGUCAAAGAUUUUAUUUGAAUUAUGGCCCUUAACUGUCAAUGUUUUGUAUUAUAGGCAAGCACUAAAAAACUUAAAAAAUCUAAAAAAAUUCAUUCCUAUCCACUUGUUCACUUUACCAUAAAUUAUGUCAUAUAAACAUUGCUGUAAUAUUCAAGGGUAUCAAACAACUAGUUAUUUUUCUCUUUUUGUACUUGAAAUUAAAAUCAGUAGUAUAUGCAUAUUUCACAUUUUAUCUCGCCUAUUUGAUUGGUGGACAAGUUACACAAUUCAGUAAAAUAAUUCUUCACUAAAUAUCUUAAUGCUCAUGGCCAUUGUUCACUUUAAAAAUACAGAGAUUCUUGUAUUGCCUUUUACUGCAAAAACUUUUUUUAUUGGCAAGCAAUAAAAAAGUCGAGCGCGCUGUCUUACGGACAGCUCUUGUUGUUUAUAUUUUGAUAAGAAAAAUAGUGAUUUCCUUUCAAGUUACUUAUUUAAAGAUUUUACAUCAUAGUCAUGUUUAAAGUUUGUUCACAUUUUUGCCAUUCAUUUUUUAUAUGUUGCACUUAAGAUAUUAAAGGUUGAAAAUUUCAUUUAGUACAAUUGUAAUUUCACUAAUGAAUUUACAAUGUUUAUAGAGAAGGGGAAGUCUUAGUACGAAUAGUUAAUCCACUUUGAAACUUUGUGAAAAAUUGAAAUUAUUAGUAAGAUGAGUGAUGUAGUUAGAUAGUUAUUAAUAGUUUGGAUCGAAGACUUUAAUCAAUUUACAAUAUAUGAAAACUUUAGUAAUAUUUUACCAUGGUUACACAAUAAAUCCUGCCAGUCAACAAUCAUAUAGAUAGUGUCAAUCAUUUAACUUCACAAUAGCAAUCAUUUUAUAAUGUAAAAUAUUACAAUCAGCUGUCCCUAAUAUGAAAUGAUGUUAGAAUGGUUCUAGGUCAAAGGUUAUAAAUCUGAGGAAACAAGAAACCAGUUAUUAAUUCCUUGCUCUCAAUUUCAAAUCGACCAAUGGCUUGUAAGGUAUUACGGGCUUCAAAUCAGUAAUAUUUGUAUUUAUUUUAUAAUUUUAUUUGAACAUUCAUCAGACAGAUCUCUUUAGAACUAAAUCUUUCAGUAUUUGGUAUUGUUUUAGCAGUUAUAUGGCAAGAAUGCCAGUUGGGUUUGAACUUUAAUUAGGACUCACUCCUAGAGGUUUUUAUUAAAAAACUUUGGUUUUAUUUUCUAUGAUGUAUAGUAUGUGUAUUUCUAAUAACCACCACUGGCAGUAUGUGUUUUAUAUUAUAACUUUCUUUGUAAACCAUAACCACUAUUUUGACAAGAAUAUUUUACAGUUAAAGGAGACAAAAUAUUUUAAAUCAUUCAUUGUGCUCAAUGUCCUUGUUACAGAUUCUCUUUUACAGUUGUUACCUCUAUAUAAUGGAAUAUAUUAUAUAUUUAAAGUUUUAUGUUUUAUUUUGUGCUUGACUUUAACUUGCCACCAGUAUUGAGUCAGGCCGGCAUCAGGCCUGGUGCUUUACUGCUGGUAGCUCAAGUUCAGUAUCCCAGAACUUUUGAAAGGACUGUUCCAGUUUUAAAGAUUGAGGCAUAAAUCCAUAACACCAUGUAAAUGUUGGCAAGUUAAGGAUUUAUUCAAAUUAUAAAUUUAUUUAUUGCGUUUUCUGUUAUAAUCUCAUAAAUAGCUAUACUAGGUAUAAACGAACAAAACCUACUUUUUUGUUAAGUUUAUGACUUGAAUUACCAGUAAUUUUCUAUGCUUAAUUGUUGUUAUUUAAGUGUUGCAGUUUUAUUUUUUUUUAUGUAAAUCAGCUAUUUUUGUUUUUUUAUUUGCUCAAUAAAACCUUUUUUAAAAAGAUCAGUAAUAUUUAUAUAUCAAUAUGCUCAUUCCUAAUUUGAAACCAGUUAAGUUUUAAAAUAUUAAUUAAAUUUUUAUUCAAAUAUAUAUAUACCGGUAUUUACCGGUAGGUGUUACUUAAUAAAACUGAUGUGUGUUAAAUGUUAAAUAUUUUGAUAUAAUCUCAUUUUAAGCUUUAAAUAUUGAUGUUGUUUUACAAGCUACUGGCUUGUUGUUUCUAUUGUUGCUUGAACUGUUUGUUUAUAUAUCCUAGCCUAAUGUAAUUUAUAAUGAAGUCAUUCAGUUUAUUAUAAUUAUUGUUUUUAUUAUAGAAUAUCAAUAAAAUAUGACGUACCCAAAGGACAAUUCUAAUUUCAAUAGAAAAUAUCAACUUAAAUGUGUAAAGAUGUUGAUUUUGCAUACCAGAAACCAUUAUCUUUAUAUGAUUGCAUGGUGCACAAAGUCUUUGUAAUCUGAAAAUUUGUUAAUUUUUGAAUUCUGUGAUAAUUAUAUAUUAUAUAAACAUACAUGAUUUUGAUCACUAUAGUAAUUAUUGUAUAUUGUGCGUGUAAUGUGGCGUGUUUUCAGUGUUGAUGUUGAAUUGUGCAAUCCUCGCAUACUUCUAGCUUUAUCCAUUGUAUAUACAAUCCCUUAAUGUGCUAGAAUGGUUCUAGGUCAAAGGUUACAAAUCUAAGGAAAAGAGAAACCAGUCAUUAAUUUCUUGCUCCUGAUUGGUUGAUUCAAUUUCAAAUCGACAAAUGGCUGCGCUGAAUCUUCAGAAUGGUUUAUUUACUUAGUUUUGUAAUGUUUGACUGGUGUUUUCACCAGGCUAUGUCAAAUAGGCUAUUUCAUCAUAAUAUCCUAGUCUGGUUUUUGGGUUUUCUAAACUAUAACUUUUAUAUUAUAUAUUUCUAUAGCUGCAUAGCUUUCAAAUUGCUUUUUGUUGAAAAUGUGCAGAUUAUUAGUACUAAUAACCCUAUAAUCCAAAACAAUUAUAUACAAAAUGAGCUUUGUCCCUUAUCCCUUACGGCAAUAUUUUAUCAAUUUUCUAAAAAAUUUAAAAAGUAACUUACAAAACAGUAAAGAAAAAUAAGUUUAUUUAUUUUGUCAGCAUGUACAUCUUUACUGCCUUUUGUGAACUGCCGACAAUUAUCUGUAGAUUAUUUCACUCAAAAUUUUUUUGUAGCAUUAAAAUGUACAAAAAAUGUUUUAUCCCCAGCUUUGUAAAAUUAUAUGGGGGAAAUAUUGGAACUUCUUAUUUCUCCGAGGAAAUCUAAGGUAACGUUUUUUUCUUGAAUUUCUUUCAUUUUAUGAAGUAUUAACAUUUUUAUGCUACUUUUUUCUUUGCACCAUUGUGAAAAUAUGAAUGCUACAAUAAAAAAUACAUUUCUAA